AGAGCAGAAGAAGUGGUCCUGCGAAGCAUCUCUGGUCUCGCCGUGAAACUCUGGGCUACCUACUUUAUAUUAUUUAUAUAUAUUGUAUUUCAUGCUGAUGCAAUGUGGAGAUUAAGUUCAGUGCGCCACAAAGCUGUUCCACAGGGCCGCAGCUUGGAAGAGUUCAAGUUAAAGAGACGAGAACAUGAGAAAGUGCUACGGAGUGCUCGGAAAGACAACCUGCUGGUCAGCAAGAGGCUCCUGCUGUGUGAAGAUGAGGACGAGACGCCCAUGGAUGCUGCUUCAGGGGACCAGGUGGUCCAUCUAGUCCAGAAACUCCAGCAGAGCGGACAGGAGAAGGAGACUCAUCUGAAAGCUCUGAGCGGUUCUCUGCGAAACCCAUCGGCCCAGACAGUCUUCAUAAAGCAUGAGAACAGCAUGCAUCUACUAGUAGGGCUCCUGAGUGGCUCCCAGGCUCAGUGGCGUCUGCUGGCCCUCCAGUGUCUCCACGAGCUGUCCCAGUCCCACCAGCCCAACGUGACCCUGGCUUGUGUGCCCGCCACCCCUUACCUGCUCACCUACCUGUCCGGCCAAAGCACCAAGCUGACAGAGCUUUGUCUCUACACACUGGGUAAUCUGUGUCCAGGCAGCGAUGUUGUAAGAGACAAACUCUUGGCCCAAGGGAUCAUACCUGCCCUCAAGAAUUGCAUGGAGAGCCAGCGUUCCAACCUAGCCGUAGUGGAAGCCGUAGGUUUCACUCUCUCCCAGCUGCUUCAGGCGAAGGACGCAGCGGAGAAGAUAACACCGGCGGUGCUAGCCUCAGGCCUGCCUUCACUCCUGAGGUCUGUGCUGUCCCCUGACCCCCAGUUCGGCCUGGCUCCGGCCAUCGAGUGUGCUUGGUGUCUUCACUACCUCACCUGCAGUACCGUGGGCAGCUCCGCCCUGAGAGCUGACGGGACCCUGUCAAGGUGCAGUUCUCUAUUAGUGGCCCUAGGGGGUGCUGUUUCUAAAGGCACCAAAGAAGAAGGCAUGGAACUGUUAGUCUGGCCACUUCUGCGCUCUGUGGGCAAUCUGCUCUCGUCUGGUCCUCCGGGGGACAUGGGCUCCCAGGGGGGCGACCUCCUGCCUGCGUUGUGCGCUCUUGCUCGGGCCUUCCUGCCUUCCCAUCCAGCCCUGGCCCUGGAGAGCGCCUGGGUCCUCAACAACCUAACAGCUGACUCCAGCGAGCUCUGCGCUGCGCUGCUGGAUCUCAACCUGGUUCCAGAACUGAUUCAGCUCCUGCCUUUCUCUCAAGGAAUCAACACAAUGCUCCUUCGGGUUCUGGGUAACGUUGCCCACCAGACUAACCGGUCCUGCUCCCAGCUGGCCCGUGCUGGGCUGGUGCCCGCCCUGUGUGCUACUCUCAGGAUGUCUGAGCCGGACGUGGUGGCUCUGAGCCUGGAGGUCCUCUUCAUGCUGGUAGCAGGUUGCCCACAAGCCGCGGAGGAGUUUGUGGGGCAGAACGGCGUAGCGCUGCUCGAAGCUGUCCAGUAUAACGGCGACGGAGAGAUCCGGCAGAGAGCGGCGCACCUCCUGGAGCACCACCUACCAGCACACCUCCUGUAGCACCACCUACCCCCGCAGCACACCUCCUGGAGCACCACCUCCCAACACACCUCCUG